UAUAUAACCUCCACGCCUCUUCUGCAGGUGAUGCAUUAGUCCCCGGGGAGUGUGGUUUGGCCAAGGGAAGGAGGGAGGGAGGAAGGAAGGACCGGCCCCAUGGCGAAUCUGUCCCAGUGCCUGGAGGACGCGCCUUUCCGGGGCUUCCGCUCCUGGGACCCGCGACCCCCGCAGACGUACAGCGAGGCGCAGCGCUUGGCCCUGGAGGAGCUGAUCGCGGGCGGGCGGGCGGCUUUCCAGGCUUUCCUGCGGCGGGAGAAGGUGCGCGCCUUCCUCUCGGAGCCCGAGAUCCAGGCCGUCCUGCGCGCCGCCCUCCCGCCGCCGCCCGGGGAAGACAGCCUGGGGCCGGAGCCCGCGCUCAACGCCUCCCUGGACUGCUCCUCGCUCACCUACUUCCCGCUCCAGUCCGACGUGGAGCCGCCGGUGCUGGAGCUGGGCUGGCCGGCCUUCGUCAGCGGCUCUUUCCGGGGGCUCACCCGCGUGGAGACCUACUUCCAGCCCAGUUUCGGGGAGACCAUUUACCCCUGCAAGGAGGCCGUGCGCAAGCAAAUCCGCUCGGCCAAAGAGGUUAUUGCUAUAGUCAUGGACACCUUCACAGACCUGGACAUCUUUGGCGAUCUCCAAGAAGCGUGUAGAAAAAGGCAGGUUCCAGUAUACAUUCUUCUGGAUCAAGCAUAUCUUUCUUACUUCAUGGCAAUGUGCAAAACCCUAGAAUUCCAUCCUGAACUGGAACAUCUGAUGAGAGUCCGAACGAUCACAGGAAACACUUACUAUGCAAGAUCAGGAGCCAAGAUAAUAGGGAGUGUCCAUGAGAAGUUCAUGUUGAUUGAUGGUGUAAGAGUGACUACAGGCUCCUACAGUUUCACAUGGACUGAUGGGAAGUUAAACAGCAGCAACUUGCUGCUACUCUCAGGUCAAUCGGUUGAACAUUUUGACUUGGAGUUCCGGAUCCUUUACGCACAGUCAAAGCCCAUUGACUCAAAGCUACCAUUCAGUUGCAGGAGCAAUGGUUCCCCUGAGCAUCUAGCUAACAAAACAAUACCUUGCAAAGACUUUACUGUGGGUAAUCGUCUGAGAGCUGAGUUUGCCAGACUCUCAAGCAGCCCACAAAAGCUUGAGCAAGAAUUGAAGCUAGCUAAGGAGCUCCAAGGAGGAAGAUUCAUUUCUAAAUGCUCAUACCUUAAUGGUGAUGAAGACCUGCACAAUACUACUGAAGCCUUAGCAAAAUCUAAAGAAACAGUCAGCCAUUCAACUCAGACUGAACCACUGGAAGAGAAGCCCAUGGCAGCACUCUCCAACUGUGCCACACAAACCAGUAUUUCAAUGGCAACUGCUACCACACAGACAACAACUCGCUCUAGAAUAGUGGGCACACAGACAGUUGUUCAGUUCAAGAGUGCCACUACUCAGACAAAUCAGAGGCAGGCUGUGGACCUGGCUGUGAAUCAGACUGUACCUGAUCAAAGGGUAUCUUCUAAAGAAGGAUCUCCGGUUUCUAGAAAGUCUACCUCAACUUCUUCUAGUGGGUGGUCAGUUUCUUCCCAGUCUUCCCAGUGCUCUAGGGCAAGUUCUACUGGUUCACUGACAUCCCUUAGAACUGUGGACUACACUGUCAACCACCACGGAGACUACUUCCGCAAACAAAAUGAGAGGGAAUUCCACUAUUCUGUCAUCCGGUCUAAACUUAAUCAUAUGGUUUCCAUACUCUCCAGGAGAGGGAACAUUGCUGACAGCUACAUAGGCUGCAGCCCAAUGAGGUGCAACUUAAAACAUAGGCAGAAUAUCAGCACAAGCCUAAUAAACCUCCGGGAUUUUGCACUGUAUACUUCAAAUGAUUGUUUCUGAGGAAUGGGAAUGGAAGAUAUGGUGUUUGUACAAUAGGGUUGCUAGAAUGAAAACUGGAGAGGGCUAUUGUAUCUUUAAGUAGUUGAGUAGAAGAAGGAAUUUUAGAGAGUGUCACUUGUCAUACAAUCAGGUAACAAGCGACACUAGGUGAAAUUCCUUUUUAAAAACAUAAUUGUUAUUUGAAUUGUUAUGUUAUGUUUCUGAGGCAUUGAAUGUUUGCCGAUCUUUUGUUGUUCACCGCCCUGAAUCCCUUUUGGGAGAUAGGGCAAUAUAGAAAUAAAGUUUUAUUAUUAUUAUUA